AAUGACAUCUUGAAUUUUGCAUGCAAAUGGACAGAACUAGAAAAAUCCAUUCUGAGUGAGGUAACCCAGACCCAGAAAGAUGAACAUGGUGUGUACUCACUCAUAAGUGGAUACUAACUGUAAAGCAAAGUAUAUUCAGCUGAUCCAUCUGGAAAGAGGAAAUAGAAAAGAUUGCCUGACAAAAUUGGGAGCAUGGGGGUUAGGGGAGAAGGAAGGGUGGAAAGGAAAAAGGAUAGGGAAAGGUGAAGGGGGAAGAGAACUUGAGGAAAUGGGAUAGUUGAGAUGGAGGAAGGAUGGAGAUAAGAGCAAGGAAAGAGAUAUUUUGAUUGCAAGAGCCAUUAUUGGGCUAGCAAGAAACCUGGCACUAGAGAAAUCCCCAGGAAUCCACAAGGAUGACCCCAGUUAAGACCCUAAGCAAUAGAAGAGAAGGUGCCCAAAUUGGCCUUGCCCUAUAGUCAGAUUGAUGACUAUCUUAAAUGUUACCAUAGAACCUUCAUCCAGCAACUGAUGGAAGCAGAGACCCUCCUUGGAGCACUGGAAGAGUGGGAGGACUGAGAAUAUGAGCAAAGAGGUCAAGACCAUGAUGGAGACACCCACUGAAACAGUUUGCCUGAGGUAAUGAAAUCUCACCAACCCCAGCUGGACAAGGAAGAAAACAGCAAAGGUCCAAACUAAUCCCUAUGAUGGGGUUGACAGUUGCAUGGAUGGGGCAGACUGAGGGGCCACUGGCAGUGGCACCAGGAUUUAUCCCUACUGCAUGUACUGGCUUUUUGGAAUCCUAUUCUCUUUGGAUGGAUGCCUUGUUCAGCCCAGAUAUCGUAGGGAGGGCCUUGGACCUUCCCCAAAGCAAUGCACCUUACCCUCUCUGAGGAGUGGAUCAGGGGUGGGGUGGGGUGGAAGGUGAAGGGAAUGGGAGGAGGGCAGGGAGUGGGAACUGGGAUUGGUAUGUAUAAUGAAAAAGAUAGUUUUUAAAAAAAAAGAGAGAGAGAGAAAAGGGAAAAAAAAAGAACUUCCAGUUGAAUAUGUCACACUGGGCACAAUCUUUGCUAUGAUUGCUUUCUCCCAAACUUCACUAAGAUGAUGUGGGAAAAAAUUUAAAAGCAGAAACAAAAAAGAAUGCUAUCCAUUUGUCCUCCCCAAAGAAUAAAUACAAGAGUUUCAUAAUUCUCUUCUCAGGAUAAGCCCACGUGGGUUUCCUUCCUCCUGCCAGCAGCCCUCCCAUACUGUGUUGCGUCCAUCAAAUGCCCACAGUCUCCCUAUCAGGAGGCCUUGGUGGUCCAGCUGUUCAGACCCUCUGUCCUCCUGUCUCCACUGCCCCUAACCGCAGUGCAUCCACGUGGCUCAUGCCCUCUGGUCACUCGCAGAACACAGCUCCACCAGACAAAGCAAUGUGGCUUCACCCCGUGUCAUGCCCAAGGACAGGAUGAAGCAUGCAUGGAUGGAGGAUUUUACCUGGCUUGCAGGGUCCAACCCCCAAUGUUCUUGGCCCUUUCCAGGUAGUGUGAGUGUCAAGGAGGAGUCUUAGUAGAAAACUUGUUCCUCCCCCAACACACACACACACACACACACACACACACACACACACACACACACUUUAGACUGAAUGGAAGAAUAAAUGACAAAGUUCAACUUUAAGUAGCCAGGAAAUCUGAAAUACUCUGUCAGGAGAGUGUGGCAACCAGAUCUGACCUCACGUAUAAAAUCCAGCCAUACUCAGGGGGUCUGACCUCAUGUAUAACAUCCAGCCAUACUCAGGGGGUCUGACCUCACGUAUAAAAUCCAGCCAUACUCAGGGGAUCUGACCUCACAUAUAAAGUCCAGCCAUACUCAGGGGGUCUGACCUCACGUAUAAAAUCCAGCCAUACUCAGGGGGUCUAACCUCAUGUAUAAAAUCAGUCAUUCUCAGGGGGUCUUUCCAGUGUCAUUAUUUAAGGCAGGGAGCCCCAAGCCUCCCUUGUGAGCCAGUCACACUACAGGACAAUCCGCCUGUUUCAGUCAUUGUUCUAAUGCCCAAAAGUGCAGAAGUCUUGGCGGUGUUAACCGUUUCCAGUUCCCCUUUCAGCAGCUGGGACACAAGCUCCGCUCACUGAUCUUCUCAGAACACCGUAGCGAUGGCUUUGGGGCCCCUGAAGGGAACUGAAACACAAUUUCCCCUUUCUCAGGAGCAAGCAAACAGGGCAAAUCUUGGGGGUUUUCCUGUCUCUGUCCAUCCUCUUCCCCCAAACCAAUUUUGCAUCUCCUUGGGCCAGAUCCCAGUUAAUGUUUCAGUAUUAUUUUCUCACCAAAUGCAGAACUCGUCUGCUCUGUAGUGGGGGAACACAUCUUUUUCUCUCAGAGGAGAGAACACAGUGAAGCCUCCUUUCACUGCUUCAGCUCCGCAUGGUCUCGGCCCAUGGAGCCCCCCAACUGCUCAGCUGCCAGCACCACGGUGGAGACAGCUGUGGGUACCAUGCUGACGGUGGAGUGUGCUCUGGGGCUCACAGGCAAUGCCAUUGCCCUCUGGACCUUCAUCUACCGCCUCAAAGUGUGGAAGCCUUAUGCGGUUUACCUGUUCAACCUGGUGAUGGCUGACCUGCUGCUGGCCACCUGCCUGCCACUCCUCGCCAUCUUCUACCUGAAGGGCAAGACCUGGGAACUCGGCCGUGCCCCCUGCAACGUCCUGCUCUUCCUGCUGGCCUUCAGCCGUGGUGUAGGGGUGGCCUUCCUAACAACAGUGGCUCUAGACCGGUAUCUGCGCGUGGUCCAUCCUCGGCUCAGGGUCAACUUGGUGUCUCUGAGAGGAGCCUGGGUCAUUUCCAGCCUAGUAUGGCUUCUCAUGGUUGCCCUCACUCCCCAAAAUCUGCUCGCUCAUAAGGCUACCCAGAAUUCCACGGAGUGUCCCAGCUUCUACCCCAUAGGAGAGAGAACCUGGCAGGAGGUGCUUUUCUUCCUGCAGUUCCUGCUUCCCUUUGGCCUCAUCGUCUUCUGCAACACUAGGCUCAUCAGGACCCUCCAGGAGAGACUCCGAGAGUCUGACAAAAAGCCCAGGUUCCGGAGGGCCAGGGCGCUGGUUGCCAUGGUGCUGGUGGUGUUUGGGCUGUGUUUCCUACCUUGCAUCCUGGCCAGAGUCCUGGUCCAUGUCUUUCAAGAAUUUGAGAGUUGCCUUGUCCAGCGAGCCAUAGUGCAGACCUCGGACAUCGCCGGCAGCCUCACCUGCCUGCACAGUGUACUGAGCCCGGUCAUUUACUGCUUCUCCAACCAGGCCUUCACCCACUCAUACCGGAAGGUGCUCAGAAGCCUGCGAGGGUGGAAGAAGGCAGAAGGGCCAGCUGUCUCCAACCUCAGAGACUCCGAUUCCUGAAGACUAUUGAAAUCCUCAGCUUGCCUCUGUUUGGGCACCACCUCGAAUCUAAACAAUAAUCCAGUUAACCUCAGGGUCAGAAGAGAGCAACGUACCUUAAGGAUCCAGACAUGAAGUCAGUCAAUGCACUAACAGGCUUGGUUCCCCUGAUUUGCCCCUGCUUCUGUCACACUGCAGGGUGGCAGACUUGAACCACACAGACAGAUCCUGCUUCCUUUGCGUGGUGGCCAUCCAGAUGAAGUUGCCUGGCUGAGAGGAGAAGCUGAGCACUUCUGCACAGCCCCACGGGGAGACUCCAAGGCACUAUGAUCACGGAGGAGAAGGCUGCUCUUGCUCCAGCACGGGUCAUGUUCUCUUUCUACACUUCAGUUCUCUCCAGUGUGACAAACUGCUUUCUUCUUACCCACCGUGGAGCGCACAACAGUGGAAGCCAGCAGUCCCCGAGGCUCUGAAGAGGCUGCAGGUCACAUUCUGCUUUUAUAAAACUCUCCUUUGCUUUUAGAGGCUGUACGGAGUGUCAAAGACAGUUCAGCCAGCUACCUCUUUCACUGCAGGAAAUACCUGGUAAUUGCCUCAAAACUGACCUGGAAGUUCUUGCUUAACUUUUAAUGUCUGGGUGCUUUUUACUUUCCCUGCCCUGCUUUAAAAGAGACGCCACAUCUUCAUCCUAGUCCCGGGGAAAGGCGCUUGCUUUUGAACUGGUGCUUGAAGCAAGUCCCCAGGGGAACCUAAGGGCUGGCAGACUGUGGCACGGGACUCUUAGAACACACAGGCCAGGGACAGCAGGUGAGCAGGAGGACUUGAAAACCACUCUCCUUGCUGCUUCAACCCUGUUUCCACUGUCCUCUCCAGAAAGGCAGCUAAGAACAAGGAAUCUCCACAAUGCCUUUGGGGGAUCUGCUGCCAAUGGCCACGGUCCUCGCACAGGCGCCCUGUGGUGUGCCCUGCUUGAUGACAAAGCUGAUGGCAUUGGUGACACUGUGUCUGCUCACAGGCUUCCUUGCCUGCUCGGUAGAUUCAUUGCCACCUGAGACCUUAUGCAGACGGAUAGAAAAGUCCCAGAGACCAGGGUGGCCUAUCAGACCCAGCGUUCCCGGGAAUGAGGACCGUGCAGCAGCAACUCUGUUUUCCAGGAUUUAUUUCCUCCUAAGAGAGCAGACUGUCACAGGCUGGAGACAGAACUGUGGCCUGACCAGAAUGUGACUGAAGUCUGCUGUAUGCAUUUGGUGCUGUGCCCACUUUCUUCCCUUUCAACUGAGGAAAAGCAUCUCCAGCUCACAUGCAUCCAACAGCUUAAACGAUGCUUUAACAACUCCUGUGUUUGACACAAGUGUUUUCUUUGUUAUGUUGUUAUUGCUGGCCUAAAAGGAAUCCCAGCUCUCUCCCACGCUUGGACUUCGGAGUCUGUGACUGUGCUUGUGACAGUCACCCCGAACGUGAUGGCGUUGUCUGAACACCGUGCAGGAGCCGCACAGCAGUCUGCCCCUAUUGCGGGUCAGAUGUGGGGAGGUCUAGGGUCACAGCCUGUUGAAAUAGGAGCGGCGGCGGGGCUGCGUCCCCAACACCCCGGCCGCUUGGCUAGCUUAUGCCCGAAAUAACAACACACAAACUGUAUUCAUUUAAAGAACUGCUUGACCCAUGAACUCUAGCCCUUACAGGCUAAUUCUCGCACCUGGUCUAGCCCAUUUCUAAUGAUGUUUGUAAGCACCCCAAGGUGCGCUUACCGGAA